AAAGAUGAUCGAGGAGAGUAAGAUGAAGACAAGAGCAGGAGACACGAUGUUUGGUCAAAUAGGAUCCAUAAUUGCUUCAUUGAUGUUUAUUUGGGCCAUAUUCGAGAAAUUCUUCCCAUUCCAAAUCCGAAACCAAGCACAAAAACACACUCUAAGGUUGUUCUCUUUUGUUUACCCUUACAUCCAAAUCACAUUCAAUGAACUCAUUGGUGAUAGACACAUGAGUAGAAGUGAGGCUUAUACUUCCAUACAGAAUUACCUUUCUUCCAAGGCCACAACACAAGCUAAGAGACUCAAAGGUGACAUAGGCAAGAACAACCAAACCCUUCUUCUUACCAUGGAUGACCAUGAAGAAGUGUGUGAUGAGUUCAAUGGUGUUAAGCUUUGGUGGGUUUCUGGCAAAAACGUUGCCAAAUCCCAAACACUUUCUCUACACAACAAUUUAGCGGACGAGAAAAGGUACUACAAGCUUACCUUCCAUAAACAACAUAGAAACAUGGUUUUAGGAACAUAUCUUAAUCAUGUUAUGAGAGAAGGUAAAGCGGUUAUGGUUAGAAAUAGGCAGAGGAAGCUUUAUACUAAUAGCGGUUCGUUUUGGAACCAUGUUGUGUUUGAGCAUCCGGCAACGUUUGAAAGCGUGGCGAUGGACGAGGAACUGAAGAAAAGGAUCAUUGAUGAUUUGGUAACGUUUAGUAAGUCAAGGGAGUUUUAUGCAAGAAUUGGAAGGGCCUGGAAGAGAGGGUAUUUACUUUUUGGUCCUCCGGGGACGGGGAAGUCGACGAUGAUCGCGGCGAUGGCGAAUCUGUUGGGAUAUGAUUUGUAUGAUUUGGAACUGACUGCUGUGAAGGACAACACAGAGUUGCGGAAGCUGUUGAUUGAGACAUCAAGCAAGUCCAUUAUUGUGAUUGAGGACAUAGAUUGUUCACUUGAUCUAACUGGUCAGAGGAGGAAGAAAAUGGAAAGAGCGAAGGAAGAUGAAGAAGAAGAAGAAGAAGAAGAUCAACGGAAGAAGAAGCAGAGUGGGUUGAAAGAAAGAGAUGUUAAGAGCAGCCAGGUUACACUCUCAGGGCUUCUGAACUUCAUUGAUGGAUUGUGGUCUGCAUGUGGAGGAGAGAGGCUAAUAGUUUUCACUACAAACUAUGUUGAGAAAUUGGAUCCAGCAUUGGUGAGAAGAGGGAGAAUGGACAUGCACAUUGAAUUAUCAUACUGUGGAUUUGAGGCAUUCAAGUUGCUGGCCAAGAAUUACCUUAAAAUUGAAUCACACCAUUUGUUUUCAACAAUUUCUGACUUGCUCAAACACUCUCAAAUCACACCAGCUGAUGUUGCUGAGCACUUUAUGCCCAAACCUGCUUUUGGGAACAAUCCAGACCUUUAUUUGAAGGCUUUGAUUCAAUCACUUGAAGAAACCAACUUCAAACAGAACAAACAUGCAAGCAAUACUUAAAAAGAUUCUUUUAACUAUGUUAUUUAUGGAGCAAUUCAUUGACCAGCAACAGUAAGAGAUUCUUAAAUCGAGCUUAGAAUCGGCGGCCGACUAAAGCCACAAAUUAGAGGCUAAAAGGGAGUGGCUUAGUGGAAGGGAAUGGAUGAGGCAUUCAAAAAUAUUUAUACAUUUUUUUUAAAUUUUUUAUCUGUUUAUGUCAUUGGAAAAUUGUGGAAAUAUAGGGUCCUGUUAGGCCUGGAUUUUGCUGAAUUAUUUUAGCGGCUAUGUGUACAAUAACUAAUAGUUGAGGACCUAACUUAAAAUCCAAUAGAUAUGUGCUAAAAUGAUGAUAAAGUUGAACAGAAUGAACCAGAGCUUAUCAUUUGGGAAGCU